GUAGAGAUAUUAAUACUUUCAUUUUUGACAUGUGGAGCUUUUUCCUGAGAUGUCUUUGUGCUUGUUUUGAGAUGGAGGUGUUGAAGGCUCACUGUGAUGAACAGCACCCUCACCAGGCUGAAGACUUCCCUGGGAAGCAUGAGCAGAACAGCAAGCUUUUGGCAGGAAUAAAAAAAGAUAUUGAAAAACUUUAUGAAGCAGUGCCCCAGCUUGUAAAUGUGUUCAAAAUCAAGGACAAAAUUGGAGAAGGUACUUUUAGUUCUGUUUACUUGGCCACAGCACAACUACAAACAGGAUAUGAGGAAAAAAUGGCUCUGAAACACUUGAUUCCAACCAGCCACCCUCUGCGAAUUGCUGCUGAACUUCAGUGCCUCACAGUGGCAGGGGGACAAGAUAACGUUAUGGGAGUUAAAUAUUGCUUCAGGAAAAAUGACCAUGUGGUUAUUGUUAUGCCAUAUCUGGAACACGAAUCCUUCUUGGACAUUUUGAGUUCUCUUUCCUUUGAAGAAGUGAGGGAAUACAUGUUUAAUCUGUUCAAAGCAUUGAGGCGCAUUCAUCACUUCGGUAUUGUUCACCGUGAUGUCAAGCCCAGUAACUUCCUCUACAACAGGCAGCUAAAAGAGUACGCUUUGGUAGAUUUUGGCUUAGCACAAGGAACCCCUGAUACGAAAAUUGAACUUCUCAGGACCGCCCCCUCUGCAGACCAGCAGGGAAGUUGCUCACAAAAUAAUCUCCACUUUGGGAGACGGGUUCUUUCUGUCGGUGUCACAGCACCUAAACGGAUAGCUCAACAGGCGGCCUCGAAAGCGGCUGACAAAAGGCCCGGCUCGCUUUCAAAGAGGCAGAAUAAUCGAGGAAGAGGAGGAGAGGAGGAUUCUGUGUGCCAUUCCAUCCCCCACUCUGUCUUCCGAGAGAGGAAUUUCAAUACCUACAGUUCCACACACCAGGAGAACACAAAUACAAAACUCAUAAACCGGUCAAAGAUGAUAGAUGUUUCAUCUAGGAAGUUAGUGACAAAGAAGAAGAUUGUUUCUACCAAAACAGCGAGCAAUGGGGCAGCCAGGAAAACUGCCAGCAUUUGUCUCUCAAACCAGAUCUGUGACUGUUAUGCAACGGACAGAGUUUGCAGUGUUUGCCUUUCAAGGAGUCAACAAGUUGCUCCCAGAGCAGGAACACCUGGAUUCAGAGCACCAGAAGUAUUAACAAAGUGCCCCACUCAGACCACAGCAAUUGACAUGUGGUCUGCAGGAAUCAUAUUCCUUUCUCUGCUUAGUGGACGGUAUCCAUUCUACAAAGCAAGUGAUGAUUUAACUGCUUUGGCACAAAUCAUGACAGUUCAUGGAUCCAGAGAAACCAUUCAGGCUGCUAAAACUUUUGGUAAAUCAGUUUUGUGUACCCAAGUUGUCCCAGCACAAAACUUAAGAACCCUGUGUGAGAAGCUGAGAGGAACAAAUUGCAACUGUAAGAGGUUCCAGGGUGAAGUGCCCAGCAAGUCUGUAAAUGGCUUGGCUUUGCCAGUCACAGUAGACAAACUGUGUGCUCCUGAGACACUCAAAAACCAAAUUCAGCACUUAGAGAGCUUUCAGGAAGGUGAUGGUGCUUUGGAAAUGAAGGUAACAGACAUGAAAGGAUGGGAUCAGGUUCCUGAUGAAGCAUAUGAUCUACUUGAUAAGCUACUAGACUUAAACCCCGCGACAAGAAUAACUGCAAAAGAGGCCUUGCUGCAUCCUUUUUUUAAGGACAUGAGACUCUGAGAAGAUGCCAUAUUCUAUUAUUGCUUUCAUAUGUUUAAUGUGGAAAUGACACCCUGAGGUAGUUUUACCUUAUUGCCCUCAACAUUUACACUCGUUACAACACCAUCACACUGAGCGCAGAGCUACUGAAGUUGUGUCCUGCACAGUUGGACUGUAAAUGGCAGUUUAUGUUAAGAAAUACUCAAAGAUGUAAAAAUUACAUGGUGCUUCCAAGGGGUUAUUGCUGUGCACACCUGUUCUCUGAGAAAGUUAACUUUGAUGAAAAACUACAAAGGAAAAGAGUUUCACAAGCUGUGUGCUUAAUUUUGGAGGUUUAAAAUUAGUGAAUUUGCCUUAAAUUACAACUGAGAGUUUUUUCCAUACUUGCAUAUCUCUGCUCCUGAUUAGUACAUGGGGAACUGAAAAUGGAACUAAGCGUGUUUAUUUUCUUCAGACUACUUUCAGAGAACAGUAUUACUUUGAGAGUGUUGCUAGAGGAGGGGCCAGGUGCUGGAGGUUAUAUCACCAAAGAAAAGCCUAACUCUUUAAAAAGUAUGUUUUGGUUCCUUGUCUGGUCUUUCCUACUUAGGCAAUAGUAGUAAAGGCCAUUUCUCAUUUUGCAUGGCCCAUGUUUCCUCAGGACCAUGGGUAACUGUCAAUAUUCAUCAACUGCUGCCCUCAGAAUGUCUCAUGUGACAUACAUAAGUUUGA